CCGGUUGCUACUGGCGGUAACCAUUUUUAACUCAAUCGUCGUAGUAAAUCUAAUAUAUUCAUACCAUCUGCGACAAGUAUUCAAGAUAUUUCGAGAGGAGGCCGCUAUACUUAAUCGACCGUAGCUCGGACGACCUGGGAAGCUCGACGUUUCUCGGUUGGGCUCCAGAUUUAGAAUCUUUCCCUCAUGUGGUUCUUCAACAUGGUUCUUUUUGCCGUCCUUUGCGGAUCGUUUCGACAGCGAAUAGUACAAGCUUUUGUCCAGAAAAAUGUCUUUUUUGCUUCCUUAGCGGCGCGUGCCAAGAGUUCGGGAUUAGGGGCAGUGGACGUCGGGACGCCGGCAACCGCUUUUGAUGAUGGCAAGCGUCCGUUUCAGAUUACAACGCCGAUCUAUUAUGUGAACGACAAACCGCACAUCGGCCAUGCCUACACGUCCACUGCGUGCGAUGUGAUUGCACGAUUCAUGAGGCUUUCCGGACGGGAUGUCUUUUUCCUCUCUGGAACCGAUGAACACGGCGAAAAAGUGGAGCAAUCAGCCGAAAAGCAAAACAUGGAUCCGCAGGGCUUCGUAGACCAAGUCUCGGUUAACUUUCGUGAGCUGUUAGAACUCAUGAAUAUUUCCAACGACAAGUUUAUUCGUACCACGAGCGAGGAUCAUAAAAAGUCUGUUCAGCACUUUUGGAAUGUUAUGGUCGAAAAAGGCUACAUUUAUAUGGGCACGUACUCUGGAUGGUAUUCCGUCAGGGAUGAAUGCUUCUAUACAGAAUCGGAGCUGAUCGACGGCAAAGCCCCGACCGGAGCAGAAGUGUCCUGGGUAGCCAAAGAAGAAUCAUAUUUCUUUAAACUCAGCCAAUUUGAAGAAAAAUUGUUGGACCUUUACGAAAGAAAUCCUCACUUUAUUGCUCCAGAAUCACGAAAGAACGAAGUUGUGAGCUUUGUCAAAGGUGGCCUGCGAGACCUAUCCAUUAGUCGAACAUCAUUCAAAUGGGGUGUACCAGUUCCUGACGACGAGGAUCAUGUCAUGUACGUUUGGGUAGAUGCCUUGACGAACUACAUUUCAGCCCUGGGGUACCCAGAUAUGGGCGAGGGAUCUGACUUCAGCAAGUUUUGGCCGGCCUCUAUCCAUAUUGUAGGCAAAGAUAUUCUGCGAUUUCAUGCUGUCUAUUGGCCGGCCAUGUUGAUGGCCGCCGAAUUACCGCUUCCAAAGCGGUUAUUUGCUCAUGGUUGGUGGACGAAAGAUGGUCAGAAGAUUUCCAAGUCCAUCGGCAACGUGAUUGAUCCUGUAGAAUUGGUAAACAAGUACGGGGUGGACCAAACUCGGUUCUUUCUCAUGUCGGAAGUAAAUUUUGGGAACGAUGGAGAUUUCUCGGACAGAGCUAUGAUCCAGAAGUGCAACACAAAUCUUGCGAAUGAGCUUGGAAACCUGUGUCAAAGAACACUUUCCCUGGUAUUCAAAAACUGCGAAAAGGCCGUUCCUAACCCUGUCGGCGCGUACACACCAGAGGACGAGGCUUUGCUGGAAUCGGCCCGGAAUCUACGGAACAAGGUAGCAACCGAGAUUUCCCAACAGUCUAUUUUGAAAUACGUUCAUGCCAUGGUCGAAAUGAUUUGGGAAGCAAACAAAUACAUUGACGAAAUGGCGCCCUGGGCGCUGAAAAAGACAGACCCGGAACGGAUGGCCACUGUGUUGUACGUUUUAUUAGAAGUUCUUCGGUAUUCAGCAAUCCUUUAUCAACCGUUAAUUCCAGAAUCGGCUGGAAAGAUUUUAGAUCAGUUGACGGUACCCGCAAAUGAACGCACGUUCCUGCAUCUAAGUGAAGAAUACAGCAUCAAGGCCGGUGCAGCGAUUUCCAAACCUGUUGGAAUAUUUCCACGAAUCGAAAUGCCGGCGGACGAGUUGGUAGAAGCAUAGAUAACGUCACUCUAAAAUGGUUUUGACUGUGAAUCUGAGUUACAGUGAGGUAGA